AUGCCUUCGCCUGUGCUGUACCUCAGUCGCGCCAAUAAACGCUUUGUCAAGAAAGUGGUGAGCUUGAUGUACGCGACUGUGACAAUUGCGAUGAUCACCCUGUUUGUUCGAGACUGGACGCAGUUGUCAUGGCAAAUUGAAACCUCUGGCUCUCAGGGCCGCUCUAGACAGCUAAGAUCUGUGGAAAUUUAUACUGAAAUUGAAUUAGUACCGGGAACGACAGAAAGCAAGGGCCAUCGGCUCGAAAGACCAACUCCAGCGACCGAGCCAACGAAAGCAACUGCAGAAAAUAGGGAGACUACAAGUGCUACCGCUGCUGCAACCACAGGAAGUGUAGACCCUUCUUUACCACAUAAGACUACAUUGACAACAAGGACAACUUGCAAUCGGCACUACUUUCUCCUUAUUGUAGUGUCCUCUUCACCAGCACAUUUUAAUCAGCGGGUAUUGAUCCGUCAAACUUGGGCAUCUGAUAGCUUCUUAAAUAGCCGAUGGAAGACGGUAUUUUUGCUGGGACAGAGUGAAAACUAUACAGAGGAACUACAGCGCGAAGAGGAGUUCUACGGUGAUUUAAUUCGAGCGGAUUACUACGAAAACUACUGGAAUCAAACCUUCAAGAUAGAAAUGGGAUUCGAGUGGGCUGAUCGAUAUUGCAGUUUCUCAUUUCUGCUAAAAGCAGACGACGAUGUAUUUAUCAAUAUGCCCGCCGUCCUCAACCUGUUGAACAAGUCAUCCACACCCAAGGAAAAGCUUUAUAUGGGGUUUGUUUACAAGAAUCCUGUCGUUCAAAGGAAGGGUAAAUGGCUGGUUACAAGAGAGGAAUACAAUGAGACCCAUUUUCCAAACUUCUGCGCUGGGCCUGGCUUCAUCCUAUCGAGAGAUGUAGUGCGUUUGUUUGUGGAUAUUUUUGACACUAUACCCAAGUUUAAGAUUGAUGAUGUUUAUGUCGGAAUGCUAGCGAAAAAAGCCGGGGUGACCGGUAUGCAUAAUUCAGGUUUUCAGACGCCACCAUAUUUAUCAAAAACAUGCGUAUUACUCCAUAACACUCUGGUGCGACAUGGCGCUAUGGGAGAAUGCCUACUUAAACUCUACCGAAAGUCCAUGCCAAUCUUUAGCUAG